AGAUAAAUCAAAGAGGCUAUUUGAGAGAAGAAUAUGGCAGAAAAAGUAGUGCAUAAAUCAUGGAUAAUUCAAUAUAAUUUGCAUUCUAUUUUAGGAUUCUUCCUCUUGUUCUUUCUUUCUGUGUCUUUUUAUCUUAUAGGAGAUAAUAGUGAUGGUGUUAGUUUUCUAGCAAAUAAAUCUACAAGGAAAAAUUCAUCUCCAAAAUGUGAUUUGUUUUCUGGAAGUUGGAUUUUUGAUAAUGUGUCAUAUCCUUUGUACAAAGAACAACAAUGUUCUUUCAUGCCUGAUGAUUUUGCUUGUCACAAAUUUGGAAGAAAAGACUCAAAAUAUCAUUAUUGGAGAUGGCAACCUUAUCAUUGUGAUCUUCCAAGGUUUAAUGCCAAGGGAUUGUUGGAGAAGCUAAAAGGGAAGAGGGUGUUGUUUGUUGGGGAUUCAUUGAACAAGAAUCAAUGGGCUUCUAUGGUAUGCUUAAUUGAAUCCUCUGGAAUUCCAUCUCUCAACCCACCUAUAUGGAAAGGCAACUUAAUCACCUUUGAGGUCAAGGAAUACAAUGCAACAAUUGAUUUCUACUGGUCACCAUUGCUAGUAGAAUCCAAUUGUGAUGAUCCAGUGAAGCAUCGUGUCCGCGAUCGAAUUAUCAGAGUUGAGGCCAUUGAAAAACAUGCUAGGCAUUGGAUUGAUGCAGAUAUUCUCAUCUUUGAUUCCUUCACUUGGUGGCUUGAAUCCCAUAUGACACUUCAAUGGGGAUCAUUUAACAGCUCUGAUGCAAUAUACAAGAAGGUUGAAAUGAAGCUACGACGUUAUGAGAUGGCCUUAAGAACAUGGUCAGAUUGGUUGGAGUUUCAAAUUGAAAGAAAAAGGACUAAAUUGUUCUUCAUGAGCCUCUCGUCUUCUCACAAAAAUGGUACAGAUUGGGGCAGGGGAAAUGAUCAAAAUUGCUAUGGCGAAACAGAACCAAUAUCAAGAAGAGAGUAUUGGGGGAGUGAAAGUGAUAGAAAGAUGAUGGAAAUAGCAGAGGAGUCUGUAAAUGGGCUGAAGAGAAAGGGAUUAGACAUACAAUAUCUCAACAUAACACAACUCUCCGAGUAUAGAAAAGACGGACACCCAUCCGUUUACAAGAGGAAUUGGGUUGCUCCAACAAAAGAACAACUGUUAAAUCCAAGGAAAAAUUCAGAUUGUGUACAUUGGUGCCUUCCUGGUGUGCCUGAUGUUUGGAAUCAGAUUCUUUAUGCCUAUAUCAUGGAUUCGUCAAGAGAAUUAAACGAAUAGAGAUUAUUUUUUUUCUAUAUGAAAAAAAAUAAUACUAUAAUUGUAAUGAUAUAUGUUAUUUUUUGUGCAUAGAAGUCUUGAAAUGUAUGAAGUAGUUCAACAAGGUUUACAUUAAUUGUUAUA